AGAAUGUGUACAUGUGGAUGUGGGAGUGGGGCGGGGAGGCACAGGAGCGGAAGGCAUAGUUUGAGGGUGAGAGCUGGGCCCUGGAGUUGUUCUUUGGGGGUUGGGAUAGGGGCUGUGCCAUGGUAGCUACUGACCUCAGGCAGGUCUCUUGACCUCUCAGGGCUUGUCACUCGUGUGUCUGGUGUAGGCUGCACGGGAUUGGUACUGCCUUCCCUCCUCCAGUCCCAGUGCGAUCAUGGGGUGCCCAGAUAGAGCAUCUACCCAGUGUCUGGUCCAAAAGAAGAGCUCAGUACGCUUAGUUGAGGCUGUCAUCUGGGCUUCUGCUUUACUGAACCUUCCUAGCUUGAAGGUCGCCUCAAGGAGAGAGGGAAGAGCCCCUCACACCCUCAUCCAGCUCAAUGCCUGCACACAGAGGGUGCCUGUUCUCCUGGAGCUUCUGCCCAGUCAUCCACGUGCAUCCACAUGCAUGUGUGUGUUGGGGCUUAGGGGCAGGGAGCUCGCUGGGCCCCAAUUCCGAAGCCAGAAGAUACCUUUGGAUACUUAGGUAUACAGAGGAGUUACCUACGGGUGGGACAGAGGCUGCGGUUCCUGCAGUCCUGCUAGUGGCCUGUAGAUGGCAGCAGAGGCUCGCUCGCACAGGGAUCUUGCCCUAAAUCGCAUGUUCCCUGUCCCAAGUGAGCCACCUCUUUCGGGGCUGUGGGGCGAGAGGGAAGUGCAAGAGUAGUGCAGAUUUGUCCAAGGAGACAGCCACACACUCUGCAGCUCUAGACAAGUUGUUUCCUCUAGGGGGUUCUCAGCUUCCUCAUCUGUGAAAUAAGAGUUAACAGUCUGUGAUGGGAAAACCCGUUCGCAAUAUAUAAGGUAAUCUAAGAUGGGCUCAGAGUAGAGACCUAAAUGUGGAAGGGAAAACCACUUAGCUAAUAAAGAAUAUCUGUCACUGUGGUAGGAGGAGGAGACUUUUUAAACAUGACACAAAAGCUCUAACCAUAAGGUGAAAAGUUGAUGGAUCUGACCAAAGGGGAAUUCAGGAUUUCUGGUCUUAGGACGCUGUAUUCCAAGGGAAUAUGAGCAGGAGCUGCACAGAAGGGUAGAGAUGCCAGUGCUAGAGAGACGCGCAGAGCCACCAGGAGCUAGAGAGAAACGAAUCACAACAAAAUUCUAUUUCACUCUUGCGCUGUUGGCAAAAAUUAAGACUUUAGAUACGCUGGCGGUGGGCCACCACUAAGGAAGUUGCAAGCCUUACAGAUUAUACUGGAGGGCCUCCUGGCAGCGUGCAGAGAAAACACCCGACUCAAGGGGCUACCUGAGACUCCAAGAAAAACAAGACUUCCUGUGCUGCCACUUCCUUGGUGGCUGGUAAAAUUCGCGGCUCGCACAGCCCACGCGGAACCCGGCUGCGCUAGCGCUGGGGUGUCCCCGGAGGCUGGCGGAGCCUAGGAGAUUUCUGCACCCUGGAGAAGCCACGCCCCCUAUUUCUGCUUCAGCUCUAGGCGGGCCUCGCCCCGCCCCGCCCCGCCCCGUCCUGCCAGGGCCCGCCUGGCCCUUUAAGGCUGACCAAGCCCGGCCUCAAGCCGGGGACGCGCGGGGGAGGGGAGCAGUCACGUGGGCAGGCGGCGGGGUGACUCUCAGCUCUGGGCGCUCGCGGCUGCGGGCUUCGGCGACGGCCGCCCCUGCCCCUUACCGGCGCUGCAGCCAGGUGCGCUGCCGUCAGGUACGCCCUCGCCAGGUGGCCCUGGACGCGCCAGGCUGGGGCCUCCUCUGAGCGCCCCGCGGGGGCCAUGGAUGUCGAGACAGCAGAGGAGCAGGGGGGCCCUGCGCCCCCACCAGGUGCACCCUGCGAACCUUGCUCAGCCGGCACUCCCGCCCUUGUGGGGCGGCGGGAGCCCAAGAAGUACGCAGUGACCCAUGACUACCAGUUGUCCAAGCAGGUGCUGGGCUUGGGUGUGAAUGGCAAGGUGCUGGAGUGCUUCCACCGGCGCACCGGGCAGAAGUGUGCCCUGAAGCUCCUGUAUGACAGCCCCAAGGCCCGGCAGGAGGUGGACCACCACUGGAAAGCCUCAGGCGGCCCCCACAUUGUGCGCAUCCUGGAUGUGUAUGAGAACAUGCAUCACAGCAAACGCUGUCUCCUCAUCGUCAUGGAAUGCAUGGAAGGCGGUGAGUUGUUCAGCAGGAUUCAGGAGCGUGGCGACCAAGCUUUCACUGAGAGAGAAGCUGCACAGAUCAUGCGGGAUAUUGGCACCGCUAUCCAGUUUCUGCACAGCUGGAACGUUGCCCACCGAGAUGUCAAGCCUGAAAACCUGCUCUACACGUCCAAGGAGAAAGAUGGGGUACUCAAGCUCACUGACUUUGGCUUUGCCAAGGAGACCACCCAAAAUGCCCUGCAGACUCCCUGCUACACUCCCUAUUAUGUGGCUCCUGAGGUCCUGGGUCCAGAGAAGUAUGACAAGUCAUGUGAUAUGUGGUCCCUGGGCGUCAUCAUGUACAUCCUCCUAUGCGGCUUCCCGCCCUUCUACUCCAACACGGGCCAGGCCAUCUCCCCGGGGAUGAAGAGGAGGAUCCGCCUGGGCCAGUAUGGCUUCCCCAAUCCUGAGUGGUCAGAGGUCUCUGAGGAUGCCAAGCAGCUGAUCCGCCUCCUGCUGAAGACAGACCCCACAGAGAGGCUGACCAUCACACAAUUCAUGAACCAUCCCUGGAUCAACCAAUCGAUGGUGGUGCCACAGACUCCACUCCACACAGCCCGAGUGCUGCAGGAGGACAAAGACCACUGGGAUGAAGUCAAGGAGGAAAUGACCAGUGCCCUGGCAACCAUGCGGGUGGACUAUGACCAGGUGAAGAUCAAGGACCUGCAGACCUCUAACAACCGGCUCCUCAACAAGCGGAGGAAGAAGCAGGCAGGCAGCUCCUCGGCCUCUCAGGGCUGCAACAAUCAGUAGCUCAUGCGGCUGUGGGGAAGCUGGGCCUCAGCCUGGAGGACACAAUGGAGGGGCCUGAGGCCCUGACCCAGAGGACCCAGGCUCAUGGUUUUUAACAAAAGGAUUAUUUUUGUUAUGUUUUAAUUUGUCACUUGGAACUUCAGGAUGGGGGGACGUGACCCUGAUCCUUCAGAAUUCCAGCCCAGGUUCAGGCCCUAGACAAGGGCCAAAACCUGGGGGCUAGGGAGCCAUCUGCUGCAGCUGCAGUGCCUUUGACCAGAGUGGCCUGAAUGAACUGUGACUUUGUCCUGCCCUGGGCAUGGCCUUAGACUUCUAGGCCACUGGGAAUUGUGGCUGGGCGUCCCUUCUUCUGUGGAAACAGCUCCCUGGAGGGUGGGCAGAUGGGCCUGGCCUUGGGAAAGGCAUCUGGCCACUGGUUGUCAUGGUGACCAGGGACAGAGUUGCUGUCUCUGAAUGCUGAGUGAGUGAGCAAGGGAGGGAGAGGGGCAAACGAGGGUCUGCGUGCCUUCUUGGGGAGGCUGCUCUCCCUCACGCUGCAUGCCUCUCUCAGGCUCACCCCUCUUUGGUCUCCCUGAGGCUGCAGGGUCAGUCUGCCUGGCUCUCUGGGUGGUCCAGCCCUGUCUUGCUGCAGCCCCAUCCCACAGGGUCCUUGGAGUUCUCCUUGCACAGAGUCCAUGGGCCCAGCAUCCUGUUACUACCCCCCACUCAAAGAGUAGCCUCUCGUCUCACUGCGAGUGGGAGGUAUUUUUAACCCUUUUUUUUUACUUUGGAAAUGUCACUGUGACAAAAGCUAAAACAGUUACCCUGCCCCUACCUGCUCACCAGAUCCCAGGCAGGAAAGCCUUUCCUUAACUGUUCAUCCUCUACUCUGUCUUGAUUGAUGGCGAGGGGUUGUCUCUUGGUGCACUUUUGCGAGAGUGGGGAGCUUGGGGCAGGGCCAAGGGCUCCCCGUUAAUCAGGGGUCUCUUUCUAUCCUCCGGGUCAGACCCGAGGCAGCGGAGGGCUGCUGUGUGACGCUUAGAGGGUCUGGUCCUGGCUUUGGCAGAGUCAGAGCAGAGAGUGCCCCUUCCUUGCUGGUCCAGGCUCACCCAGCCCCACACUGCCCAGGCAGCCUCAGGGUGCUGAACGCCUGAUAUGGGCCUGGCAAGUGCCUGACCCCCGGCCUGUGUGCUGGUUCCUCACGCUUCUCUCACGGGUAGGGAAGUCCUAGACCACGUCAAAUAGGGUGGUCACACUUUUUGUAAAACACGGCUGGGUUUUACAUCCAGAUAUUAGUAAACAACAUUUUGACAUUUU